AUGGACAAAAGAAAGUACAUGCUCGCAGGCCCACUCAGCUCACUAGCGCCAGCUCUAGUGCCCAGUCCAGUGCUGGCAUCAGAGCAAGAGCUAGUGCUGGUUGGAGAGCCUGAGCCCGCUCUUGAACCAUCUCCAGAGCGAGAGCCAGCCCCGGGACCCACUCCAACAGCAACUGCAGAGCUGGAACUGACUCUGUCACAAACUCUGGAGCUAGAGCCGGCUCCAGCACCAGAGCCUUCCUGGCCUUCGCCUGUGGCUGCAGAGAACCGGCUCAGCGAGGAGAGGCCUCACCUCCUGGCGUUUCCUCCCGACCUGGUGGCGGAGCAGUUCACGCUGAUGGAUGCGGAGCUGUUCAAGAAGGUGGUGCCCUACCACUGCCUGGGCUCCAUCUGGUCCCAGCGGGACAAGGAGGGCAAGGAGCACCUGGAUCCCACCGCCCGGGCCACCGUCAGCCAGUUCAACAGUGUGGCCAACUGCGUCAUCACCACCAGCCUCGGGGACCGGAGCGACGGCCCGGGCCGAGCCAGGGUGGUGGAGCACUGGAUCGAGGUGGCCAGGGAGUGCCGGGUCCUCAAGAACUUCUCCUCCCUCUACGCCAUCCUCUCCGCUCUGCAGAGCAACUCCAUCCACCGGCUGAAGAAGACAUGGGAGGAAGUGUCCAGGGACAGCGUGCGGGUCUUCCAGAAGCUGUCGGAGAUCUUCUCGGAUGAGAACAACUACUCGCUGAGCAGAGAGCUGCUCGUCAAGGAGGAGACCUCCAAGUUUGCCACCCUGAAGAUGAACCCCAAGAGAGCCCAGAAGCGGCCGAAGGAGACGGGUGUCAUCCAGGGCACCAUCCCCUACCUGGGCACGUUUCUCACGGACCUGGGGAUGCUGGACACCGCGAUGAAGGACUACCUGUAUGGGAGGCGGAUCAACUUCGAGAAGAGGAGGAAGGAAUUCAAAGUGAUCGCCCAGAUCAAGCUGCUGCAGUCCGCUUGCAACAAGCCCGAGGAGCAGUUCAGGGCCUGGUUCCGGGCCAUGGCGCGGCUCAGCGAGGCCGAGAGCUACAACCUAUCGUGUGAGCUGGAGCCCCCCUCCGAGUCGGCCAGCAACACUCUGAAGGCCAAGAAGAGCACGGCCAUCGUCAAGCGCUGGAGUGACCUCCAGGCCCCCAGCACUGAGCUGAGCACCAGCGGCAGCUCGCACUCCAAGUCCUGCGACCAGCUCAGGUGUAGCCCCUACCUCAGCGGCGGGGACAUCACCGAUGCGCUCAGCGUCCACUCGGUCUCCUCCAGCUCCGACGUGGAGAUCGCCAUGAGCUUUGUCGCAGAGUCCCCCGACGGCCAGGAAAAGAAGUUCUGGGAGUCGGCCUCCCAGUCGUGCCCGGAGACCUCCGGCAUCAGCUCGGCAUCCAGCAGCGCCUCCUCCUCCUCGGCCUCCACCACGCCCGUGACCAGCGCCCGCACCCACAAGCGCUCGGUCUCGGGGGUCAGCAGCUACAGCGCCUCGCUGCCGCUCUACAACCAGCGUGGCGACGGCUGCAUCAUCCGGGUCAGCCUGGACGUGGACAACGGCAACAUGUACAAGAGCAUCCUGGUGACCAGCCAGGACAAGGCUCCGGCUGUCAUCCGCAAGGCCACGGACAAGCACCACCUGGACGAGGAGCAGCUGGAGCAGUAUGAGCUGGUGCAGGUCAUUUCAGACGAGAGAAAGCUGAAGAUCCCGGACAACGCCAACGUGUUCUACGCCAUGAACUCUGCCGCCAACGAUGACUUUGUCCUGAAGAAACGGGCCUUCACCAAGGUGGCCAAAGUCCGGCAUGGCGCCAGCUCCACUCUCCCCCGCAUGAAGCAGAAGGGACUCAGAAUUGCCAAGGGCAUCUUCUAG